CUUGCGAGCUACGGCACCGUGACUGUGCGCGCGGGUCGCGUGACAGAGGGCCCAGCCCGAGACUGGGAGAAAAGCAGACACAAUAAAAGCCAGCUGACGUGCCGUGCCGCCGCGUGACGUAGACGGCUCGGCAGCGUCACAAUUGACGUCGCCUGCAUUCCAGCCGCUCUAUGGAGAUACCGGCGAUCAUCCAAUAGGAGAGCAGUUCUCGCCAAACUCCCCACCCCCCUUUCCUUAAACAUAAAUGACGUUCACAAAGUGAGGAAUUGUACUGUUAUCUGUCUGCACAUAAACAAAGGCACAUUGCAAUCGGAGGAGAGACCUACAAAUACAAGAGGGGCUAAAGAAGACUUUCUCGCACUUUUCCUCUAUUGAUGAACUCGCGUUAAGAGAAAGGAUCCGAAUCUGCACUACAGCUAAAUCAUUUACCGGGAGUGAUAUUUUAAAGACAAGUUUUUCUGUACAACAUCCAUGAUUUGGACUGGACGCCUAUACACAACUCGGACGGCUAUUUGAUUAUAUGUAAAAACGGAACCGUCACAGCAAUCAAGUACGUAUCAAUCAGUUACUCAGUGGACAUCAUGAAAGUUACAAUGGAUCUUGGUUCGGAAGAGCUUUCCCCGCCGAGCCGGAGCUCCGAGUCACCCCAGCGAACAGCUGACAGCUCCCAGCCCGGAGGCACCACCUCGACAGUGGCCGAGCCUCUGGCAGCAGCCCACCGAGCCAACAUUCAGCGUGCUACAUAUCACCGCCCCUCGGCACACACAGACAUGCCCUGUGUGCAAACCCAAUACAGCUCUUCGCCACAAGGUGCCAGUUUUGCAGCUCAGAACUACGCUUAUGCUGGGGAUUACAGCUCGGAUUUAGUGCAUACUGAAUCACCUUACAUGAAAUUUGGCAUGGACCUGGGGAGCACCGAAAUCACAGCCACCACCUCCCUGCCCAGUUUCAGCACUUUCAUGGAGACUGGGUACUCUGGCAGCUAUGAGUUCAAACCAUCGUGUGUCUAUCAAAUGCACUCUUCCUCCUCACAGAGACCCUUCAUUAAACUGGAAGAUUCUCCCCAUCACAACUAUCAGCCAUCGAUCCAACAUCAAACAGAGGACAUCAUGCCUUCGACCUCCAUUUACUUCAAGCAAUCUCCUCCAUCAACCCCCACCACGCCUCAGUUCACAACUCCACAGACCUCCUUGUGGGAUGAGCCUCACACGUUACCUCCAGUGACCCAGACUUGCAUGGCCACAGGUCAUAUCUUAGAUGCUCCAAUGAAGACCGCCCCGCCCAGGUUUCCGCUGUUUGCCUUCAAACAGUCCCCACCACACUCCCCAGCCUCCAGCAGCCACAUGUGUUACGAACCCACCUUGAACAUGUCCAUAGGAGCAGAAAGUACUUCUGCACAAGCUGUGAUGGACACUCGCCAGUAUCCCCUGCAUUUAGUCAAGGGCUCGGGUUUGGGCUAUCACCCAAUGACCCUCAGUCAGAGUGCCCAGAGCUUGCCGUCUCCCCCCAGCCGAGGGUCUUCCUCUGGGGAGGGGAUGUGUGCUGUGUGCGGGGACAAUGCAGCCUGCCAGCACUAUGGCGUGAGGACCUGCGAGGGAUGCAAAGGCUUUUUUAAGAGGACCGUGCAGAAGAAUGCAAAAUACGUCUGUCUGGCGAACAAAAACUGUCCGGUGGACAAGAGGCGGCGCAAUCGAUGCCAGUACUGCAGGUUCCAGAAGUGUCUUAGCGUAGGCAUGGUUAAAGAAGUGGUCCGCACAGAUAGUUUAAAAGGGAGAAGAGGUCGUCUGCCCUCCAAACCAAAAAGUCCUCUUCAGGAACCAUCCCCUCCCUCACCUCCAAUCAGUUUGAUGAAUGCUCUUGUGCGGGCACUUGUGGACUCCACUCCCAGCAGCCACAAUUACACUCAGUUCUGUGCUGCUGAACAACCGACAUCUGGCGCUGACGCUGAUUACGUCCGUCAAUUCUAUGGCCUCCUCGCCACAUCUGUGGAGGUCACACAGAGCUGGGCCGAAAAAAUACCAGGAUUCAGUGACCUCCCUAAGGAAGAUCAGACUUUACUUAUUGAAUCUGCUUUCCUCGAACUCUUUGUACUGAGACUUUCCCACAGAUCUGCUCCAUCAGAGGACAAGUUUGUAUUCUGUAAUGGGCUUGUCUUGCAUCGACUUCAGUGCCUUCGUGGAUUUGGUGAAUGGCUUGACACGAUCAAGGAAUUCUCUACAAAUUUACAGAGCCUUAAUUUUGAUGUCUCAGCUUUUGCAUGUCUAGCAGCUCUAGUUAUGAUCACAGAUCGCCAUGGGUUAAAAGAACCAAAGAAAGUGGAAGAGUUGCAAACUCGAAUCGUCAGCUGCCUGAAGGAACACGCGUUAUUUAACAGUACCGGGGAAAACAAAGGGCAGCCAUGGUCCAAGGUGCUAGGCAUCAUACCUCAGUUGCGUACUCUUUGCACGCAGGGGCUCCAACGCAUCUUCUACCUAAAAUUAGAGGACCUAGUGCCACCCCCAGCUAUUAUUGACAAGCUAUUUCUGGAUACACUGCCUUUCUGAGACGUCUUACCUCUAUCUUCUUGGCAAGCUAGUGCACACUUCAGUGGAUUGUGGUGAAAACAACAGCUGGUGAACUGGCUUCUGUCCCCUAGAAAGCAGCUCCAACUACCCACGUCCAAGGACUUCUCCUGGCGCUUUACUCUGCAGGAUCCGAUACAUUUUUAAAAAUAAAAACUGCUUGCUGCUUAUGGGAAUUGCUGACGUGCCACUUGGGAACGAGACCCGUCAUGAUAGAAAUGAUUAUCUGACGUUUUUCAGUCUGUAACAUGUCGUCCCAACGUUCUUGGGUGAUAGGAAACUUUUUAAAAAUGUCAACAACAAAAUUGUUACAAAGGUAGUACGCUUUUUAUUGUGAUUGAUGCCUUUAGUAUAGCUCCUGAUGUGUCAUAUGUACAGCAAAUAGUGGUGCAAGAAGGCAUCUCUGAUGAAAAAUUCUGAUUUUAGAAUGCAGCGAUAAAAGGCUGGCUCUCACGUUCAAGUGCAAUUUUUUUGAAAGUGCUACAACUUGGAAAUUUUUUUGUUGGUUUUGAUUUUUUUUAAACUCUAAUUUAUUGUAAUACUAAAAGAAUUUGAAAUACAGAAUUUGUUGGCACUAACUUUUACUGACAAAGUUACCUGAACUUGAAUUAUGAUAUUUGUACUGAUACAUAUACAUGUGACGUGGGGACACUUUGUGAACCGGAAGAGCACUUAAACAUUGCUUAGAGAAAAAUAUACGGAGUAUAAAAAACACACUUUUAAUUUUUAACAAUCUUUUAUGCAGUGUUUUAAAGGAUGAUCACAGAGCUUGGGCGUAAGAAUAUUGAAGUACAAGGGCAAGAUCUUCUGAGUCAGAAUUGGUUAAUCCACCAGACUGUUUUACAAAUCAAGCAGGUCUUACUGAAUACUGUAGUUGUAAGAAUGUAGGUGCUAGAAGGGAUGCAGUCAGCUGCAUUAUACAUUCCGUGUUCGUAAAAGUUUUUGUAUGAUGUUUAUACUGUUGAUGCCAUAUACUAAUACAAAAAUACUUUUGUUGCAUAAUGUCUUUAUUUGUAUAAAGAUUAUAUGCAUGUUAUUGUAAUGGCUUUGCCUGUAUUUAUUGCGACAAUUGCCAGUUGCUCAGAGUAACUCUGCAGGCUGAAUUCAGGAACCCUAGCUGUUAAAGGGCAGUGCCUUGCUUUUGACAACAGAGUGUAUUCACAAACCAUCUCUAUGCUCCUUCAGCAUUCGACAGUGUUUUAUCGUGUUAACCUGUGUGUUUUCAGAUGUUCAGUACAUUGUACAUAGACAGAAAUGUAAAUUAAAAUAUUAAAUUGAAUAACGUUUUAUCAGAA